UCUUCAUUAUUUUUUCACUUUUUUUUUUCUUUCGUUAUUUUUUCACUUUUUAUUUCGACAACAUUCUUUUCAAAGCUAAUGUCUUCUCGACUAGAUCGUAUUGUUACCUUAUUAGAAGAAAUGGAAGCACGACUACGCGCCGUAGAAAGCAAAAUCGACAACAUUGAAGCAGUGGAGAGUCAAGCACAGAAAAAACUCGAUAAACUGAUUGAUAUAUUCGAAAAACAGCCAGCCAACGUGGAACCUGUUGAGCGCGAUAUAAGACACCCAUUCAAGAUUACGGACGGAAAGGAGAAAAAGGUAAAGGUUACGAACAAAUUGUUGAUCACGGCAUUAUCAAACCUACAAGGUCCCAACCAGGCACAGAAAAUCUUCGAAAAUAUCAAAGCGAUGGCCAUCGUUAUCAUAAAACAAAUGAAACAAGACAACGAUCUGUCGUCCAGAUCUCUCAACUGGUCGAAAAUACCGGCGGAGGAAAAGGAAAAGGCCAAGAAGAAUUUGGAAGAGAGGUUGGCCGCAGUUGGAGUGCGAAUUGAUCGUGCUGAAGAUAGGUGGAUCGCCAACACUGUGCUCAGAAAUAAAUGGGCAAAUCGGGUAGAACGACUGUCCAUUGCCUCUUCUUCAGCAGCAACAAAAGCAUCAUCACCGUCAUCAUCACCAUCGUCAACGUCAUCAUCAUCGUCAUCAUUAUUGUUAUCGCCUUCGCCACCACCACCGCCAUCAACAACAAGAACAUCAUCAUCAUCAUCAUCAUCAUCUGCACCCCGAAAGGUAACAAACACCAGAUCUUCCACAAGGAGAACAAGAUCAUCAACAUCAUCAAGACGAUCAUCAUCCUUAUCAUCAUCAAGAUCAAGAAAACGUGGACGAUACCAAUAAUAGAAUAGCUUUUUAUGUAGACAUAUUUUUUUACACCAUAUUUUGCCUUUAUUCAUAAUAAAAAUCCAC